AACAAAGAUGUCUUCAUAAUCUCCUGUCAUUGUGAGGGUCACCGUUAUUUACAAAGAUUUAAUCCAAUGCAGGCAAUUUGAAUAUACAGUCAGGAUUCCUCUGAUAAAAGUGAAGCAGGCAACAAGAUGAAUUACACUCGCUUCUUUAACAAAGUCAGUUUGGCGAGGAAGCCUUCCCCCAUUAGGGUGCUGACUGAGAUAAUACAGAACAGCCCAAAGUCACUGAUCAGUAUGGCUGGUGGUAUGCCUAACGUAGAGACAUUUCCUUUCACAGAAGCAACUAUCACACUCAAGAAUGGUUCUAAGCUUCACCUUGAUCAAGCAGCCAUGAACAAAUCUCUGCAAUACUCAGCAACCUCAGGCUUGCCCAUGUUGCACCAGUGGGUCAGUGACCUCCAGACUCAAAUCCACAAGCCUCCAGACAAUGGACACCCGAUGUCCUGUGUGAUCACCAACGGAAGUCAGGAUGGACUCUGUAAGGCGUUUGAAGCCUUUGUGACUCCUGGUGACAAUGUACUUUUAGAACACCCUGUCUAUCCGGGCGCCCUGGCCUCUGUUUCGCCACUGGACUGUAACCUGCUCCCAGUCCAUUCUGACGGAGACGGUAUUAACCCAGAACACCUCCGUCAGACCCUGUCCCGCUGGAGUCCCGCAGAUGCCAAGGACCCUAGCAGUGACAUUCCUAAGGUGCUGUACUGUAUCCCUAAUGGUGGAAACCCUACAGGAUCUGGUCUGACUCUGAAGAGGAAACAAGAGAUCUACUCGCUAGCUCGGCAGUAUGACCUGAUGAUACUGGAAGAUGACCCUUACUUUUACAUACAGUUUGCCAGGCCAUUUGUUCCGAGCUUCCUGUCCCUGGAUGUAGAUGGAAGAGUUGUGCGAUUUGACUCAUUGUCUAAACUCCUAUCCUCAGGUAUGCGAAUUGGUUUUGUGACGGGACCAAAGCCAGUAGUUGAUCGUUUCACAUACCAUUUGAUGUGUUCCUCCAUGCAAGCCAGUGGUCUCUCUCAGAUGACACUUGCAAUGAUCUUGAAGGACUGGGGAUUUCCUGGUUUCUUGGAGCAUACCGACAAAACGGCAAAAUUUUACGAAAACCGAUGUCAGCAAUGUCUGAAAGCAGCAGAAAAACACCUUAAAGGUCUGGCUGAAUGGUCAGUUCCCUGUGGAGGAAUGUUCCUCUGGUUGAAGCUACUCAACAUCACAGAUGCACAUGAACUCAUCACAAAGAAGGCUUAUUUACGAGAUGUUCUGUUUGUACCUGGGAAUGUGUUUACAUUUGAUAGCAGUGCUCCUUGUCAAUAUGUCAGAGCUUCGUUCUCCACUGCGUCAGAGGAGGAAAUGAACACGGCAUUUUCUAGAUUAGCAGAGUUACUCAAGGAAGAAACAUCAAAGAAGAAUUAAGGAUUUAAAACUUAUCCCGGUGUGCAAUCUUCGA